AUGACACAAGUCCAAAGUGAGCUGAAAGAACACGGAUUAAAAACUGCCAUGUGGGAUUUAAUCUUCAUCAUUGGCAGAUUCACGGUGAUUCUGCAUAUCGUGAUCAUCGUCGUCCUAGUGAUCUUCGCCAUCGUCUUCAAGGACCAUUUCACCGAGUUCGCCGACUUUGUGGGAGCCUCCUGCAUCACCAUGAACUGUAUCUUGCUCCCGACUGUCUUCUACCUCGUCAAGGCGUGGGAUCGCAUUGCCAUUUACGAGAAGGUGGCGGCUGGCAUUGUUCUUGUGGCAUGCUCUUUCCUGGGUUGCUACGUCACGUACACGGCUGGUAAGGCACUGUUUUCCCCCACGGAAAACGACGCCCAGUUUCCGUACUGUCACGCCGAUUUCGAGAACACCAUCAACUACAACUACAGUUUGGUCUAUCAUGGAAAUAACCCGAGUAGCACGUGUAUGACACGUUCCUUAACCUUACAGUAA